UUGUUGACGGUAGGAGAGGGAGAAAGAUGGCGGCCCGCUGGAGCAGUGAGAAUGUUGUGGUGGAGUUUAGAGACGCCCAGGCCACCGCCAUGUCCGUGGACUGCCUGGGCUCCCACGCUGUGCUGUCCGGGCGUCGCUUCCUGUACCUGGUGAACCUGGAGUUGCCGUCUGAACCGUCGCGGAAAAUCGGGCGACAGAGUAAGUGGGACGUGGGGACGGUCCAGUGGAACCCGCACAGAUCAGACGCCCACGUCUUCGCCGCCUCUAGCAACCAGCGGGUGGAUCUGUACUCGUGGAGGGACGGCUGCGGCGAAACGCACACCUCCCUGCAGGGGCACACCCGGGUCAUCAGCGAUCUGGACUGGUCCUGGUUUGAACCCGAGUUCCUGGUCACCAGCUCCGUGGACACCUACAUCUACAUCUGGGACACCAGAGACACUCGGAAACCCACGCUGGCGCUGUCCGCGGUCGCUGGGGCGUCUCAGGUGAAGUGGAACAAGAAGAACCAGAAUCUGCUGGCGUCCAGUCACGACGGUGACGUUCGGAUCUGGGACAAAAGGAAGCCGAACACGGCGGCGGAAUACGUGGCCGCUCACCUGUCCAAGAUCCAUGGCCUCGACUGGCAUCCGGACAGCGAGUUCAUCUUCGCCACGUCCAGCCAGGACAACUCAGUGAGGUUUUGGGAUUACCGGCAGCCCAGGAAGUACCUGAACAUCUUGUCGUGUCAGGUGCCGGUGUGGAAGGCCAGGUACACGCCGUUCUCCAACGGUCUGGUCACGGUGAUGGUUCCUCAGCUGAGGAGGGAGAACAGCCUUUUACUGUGGAGUACGCUCGACCUCAACAGCCCCGUCCACGCCUUCGUGGGACACGACGACGUGGUGCUGGAGUUCCAGUGGCGGCCGCAGAAAGAAGGCUCCAAGGACUACCAGCUGGUCACCUGGUCCAGAGAUCAGACCCUGAGGAUAUGGAGGGUGGAUCCUCAGCUGCAGAAGCUGUGUGUCAGUGACGUGCAGGAGGACCUGAUGGACGCGAUGUCCCUCACCGCGGAGUCGGAGAAGCCUCUGUCGUCUCAGGAGUCGGAGGGCCAGCAGAGCGGGGGCCUCGCCUCGGAGAGCCUGCAGGAUCAGGAUGGCUCUCUGUCUGCUGGAGGUCUUCAGGACUCGGCGGCAGGUUCGGGUCUCGCUCAGACUCUGCAGCAGGAGUUCUCUCUGGUCAACCUGCAGAUUAGAAACGUCAACGUGGAGAUGGACGCGCUGAACCACAGCUGCGUGGUGUCGGCUCAUUUCGGGAGCCAUCAGGUUCACCUGGUGGUGAAGUUUCCGGCUCAGUAUCCAAACAACGCCGCGCCCACCUUCCAGUUUGUCUCCCCGACGACCAUCCCCUCUUCCAUGAAGACCAAGAUCCAGAAGAUCCUCAGAGACACGUCUCUGCAGAAGGUGAAGAGGAACCAGAACUGCCUGGAGCCGUGCGUCCGACAGCUCGUGUCCUGCUUGGAGUCUGAUAUGACGCAGGAGGACAGUCCGGCCUCCGGCCCCUUCGUCCUGUCCAACCCCGUCACUCCGUCCCUGCAGGCGUUUCCUCGAGUCACCAACACCUACGGCUCCUACCAGGACGCCAACAUCCCGUUCCCUCGGACAUCCGGAGCUCGCUUUUGUGGCACCGGCUGUCUCGUUUACUUCACCCGACCGAUAACCAUGCACCGCUCUGCCCCGCCCACAGAGCCCACUCCCAGGUCCCUGUCGGCUCUGUCGGCCUAUCACAGCGGGGUCCUGACUCCGAUGAAGAUGCGUUCAGAGUCUCAGAGCACUCUGCGGCUUUACAGCGGCAGCCCGACUCGCUCGGAUAAAGACACCGUCUCCAUCUCCUCCUUCUACUACAAAGAACGGCUCCCAAUCUCUGCCUCCCGCCGCUGGUCUGUCCAAACCCUCCACGAUUGGCCGGUACUGAGCUCCUCCAUCCGAGCACCCAUCCCCGUUUUCUGAUCUCCGCCUCCGUCCUCUCCUCUCCUCGCUCUGGGCUUUUCCUCAGCGUUCGGGUUUAACUUUGGUUUUUUUGCAUGUCACUGAUUGGCUGCAGCCGCCUCGACUAACACAUCCUGAUUCUGCUUCCUUAACAAUAUUAAAUUAUGUGUUCUGGAUUUAAGUGUGUCAUGAGAAAUCCUCAGGGCUGAUUUACGCUCUGAAAAACUGAAAUGAAUUCGUGUCACAACCUGAAGACGUUUGAACUCAAAGGUUUGAAAAAAGUGUUUUUUACAUUUUAAAAGUGCUAAAAAAAACAUGUCUGUCAUAGUAAGUUAGUUUGCAGUAGAGUGCUGGUCGUCUGUCAGCGAGGGUUUGAUAAAGGCGGUGCAGAGGUGGAGCGCGGGUGAAGGAAGAAUCCAUGAAACUGUGGCGUGGAUGCAGAUGUUUCUGGACACGGGCCUCAGCAGCGGCUCACAGAGGUAGAAGCUCUCUUUAGCUGAUGUAAAGACGCUAACAUCAGGAUGGUGGCGUUUGAGCAGCUGGGGUUACUUUGCUGCACUUGGAUUGGAUGCUGCAUGGCUUUGGUGCUCGAAAAGUUGUUUUAUUUUUCAAAAUAAAAGACAGACUUCCUCUUGCUUCUUGUACCGAGCAGCAACUCCAAAGGUUCACAGCAAAGGUUGGAAAUGUGAUUGAAGUUUUCCCCUCCCCUCCACACCCCCACCUUCUUCAGAUCAAACAAAAUUGAAAAAAGAAGAUUGGGGGGGGGCAACUUCACUCAGGUAGCGUGGGAUGAACGCGCAGGUUAAUUUGCAGCAUUAGCAUGACCGAUAACUCUGAGCACAUAACUGAACUUAAAUCAUGUAAUGGUGCUACAAUAACCCUGCUGCCCGACUUCCUGUCUGCUCAUCAACGUGUGAAGCUUUGAAUGUUCACUAACAUUUAACACGUCCAGGUAAGUCUCAGCGCAGAGCUCUAACUUAUUAUUGAAAAUAAUUUGGCCGCAUAAUCGUGUGUCACUAAACUGGAAGCUAACCGCGUUCACACUGCGAGCUGCCGAGGACGACGAUCAAACGGAGAUCAAUCAAUCGGCACUAAUCGCCCUCUUAUCAGUAACAGAGUGAACACAUAAACACACGCCGCCUGCGUCUCUGCGGAUCUUUGCGGGAAGGCUCGGAAAACUGCUGAGGUGAAGUUUAUGACCCGUGAAGAAUGUUGUUGGGUUAAUCCGGCCUGUGUUUGACCUUCCAGGUGAGAUUUUUAAUGUCAAGAGUUUCACUUCCUGGUUUAAGAGAGGAAAAAAGGGCGCUGGUGUAGGUCACAGGUGACACAGGUGCUGAAAGAUGAG